CAACGCCGAGUAGAACAGAAUGCAUAUAAUCCGGUGAGAAACCUUAAAGUUCAAAAAUAAAUUAACUUACUCAUAGCUACUAAAUCAGUAUACUACCAUUCACAAUGUCGAAAUGUGGGAUUGACAGAAAUACCGACAGCCCCUUGAUUCCUUUAACAGGCUUCCCAGUAUGAUGUGCCUCUAUCAUAAGACUACGAGUCUCACAAUGGUUCCUGUUAUCACAUGCCUUAAAUGGGUAUCGAAUUUGGUUACCAUUUACAAGUUUACCCUCAUGAUAGCAAACAGAACAACCAAAUUUUCCAUUGAAUUGGGUAGAGUUUUGAAGUUUUGGUCUUGCAACGGAAUCCAAGCAGUUCUGUAUGACUAACACAUGGUAUACAUCAGACUCAAUAGUGAACGAGUUGCUCAGUUUCGUCAUUUCUUCACAAAACUCUUGGAAGAAAAGUGGAAUAUUCGGUUCACCCUUAUUCAACCAGAUGGCGGCCAAUAAUAAGUUGUUCUUAUCGAAGCGAAUACGAGGUGGUAAAUUGUUAAUGACGACAAAGAUGGGGUAACAUGGCUUGUUGAUACUCCAGCGGUAUGCUGCUGCACCAUCUGUGUUCACUGACAAAGUUAUUGUCUUUCCUUUGAUUUUUUUAUGGAUCUCCUUCACUACUUUGCCUUGAUUGAUAUCGCUUAUGCCUUCCUUUUCAACAAGUUUUUCGUAAUCUGAUAUUUCUUUGCGAUAUUUGAUCAUAGUUUCUCUCAAUUGUUGCUCAAUUGGAAUGGUAAUAAAGAAAUCAAACUUAUUACUUUCACACUCGGGAAUUGAACAGACAGCAUCUUUGGCUGGUACCGAUUUUCCAAUUCCUUGUUGGCAUUCAGUACAAUAAUAUACUCUGGAAUAUUCGUACGGGUAAGGAAAAGAGGCGUUAAAUGCUUCAAAGCACUCCGGGAAUAUUUUAUAGCCUGCCAUCAGGUUUAUCAUUUUAAGCAGAUCUACCAAAGCUGUUUGCGUUAGGUGAUGCUUAAUAUAAUAAUUUAGAAUCAUGAAACGUGCUUCUCCUAUUGUGAGAACAGAAUCAAAUUUAAUAUUGUUGCUUCCGUCAAAAAACGCCUAUAAAUAAAUAAACGUGCAGUAAAUUAAAGUUUUUCGUAACUCUACAGCUAUGACCCUACCUUACUGUUAAAGCAUUCCGAUUGAUUUUCACCUGAGCGAUGCUCGUCGGAAUUGUAGUUCUGAUUUAAAUCAUUGAAAACAUCAGAUGACUCUGAACCUGACUCAGAAAAACUUUCUGAACAGUCUUCUUUGUUGUCGUCAAGAACAUUCUGCACACUCAAUGUCUCUGAAGAUUCUGAAUCAAUAGAAUUUGAGUUAUCGUCUGCAUUGAAUCUCAAGGCACUGUUUUCACGAUCACAAUGAUAAAUUUCAUUUGCCGAAUCAAGACCUAUAUGAGCAGAAUCGUUGGAAUGCACUGUUUCUGAUUGUACGCCAUUACUGAACUCAUGUUGUAAUAUAAAUUCUGUUUUUGGUUUAUUUCUCUGAAAUAAAAAAAAAACAAACUUAUUUAUAUUUCAAGCUUUGCUUAAUGCAAUAACCUUCUGUAAAUAUUUCUUGUUCUGAAGCUUAGUGGACAUAAAAUAAUGUCGUUUAUUACGCCGAUUGUCCAUUGUUGUGGGAAUCUAGCUUAUCGGACUAUUGAACACAAAAAUGACCAACUAGAAUAACACACAUUGAAAUAUAAUACAAAUUGUCUUGUAAAAAUGGCAUGAAUUUUUCAUAAGGGCCUAACAAUGUUUCUUAAUAAAUUUCCCAUGCAUGGAAAAUGAUUGCUAACAUUAAAAAAUAGAUGCACGAUAAAUUGGCAGAAGAAGUCAGUGUAAAUGUCUGUGACUCCUCAUAAGUUUAAUAGAUUAUUGGUGUUUUUGAAAUAUCUCAAUAUGUGAAUGUGUUAAAGUGUCUUAGGCCCUGAUGAAAAAUUCAACCGUAACUCAAUAAACUGGAUAAAACAGGCGAAACAGUAGUUAAAAUAGUGUGAGUAACACUCCGUAUAUGUUGCCCAUGCAAACAGUGACGUCACUGCGCGCGUUUCAAAUUUUUCGGUUCACUAAUACAUAGAUAUUUGGCUAUCUGCUAUCCCUAUACCUCAUUGAUGAAUGAUUCUUGGUUAUCAAAUGUCAUUGUCUGUUCGCUUUCCGUCGGGAACUUGUGAGUUGUUGGUGCUGUCGUCGCGAAAUUUUUGUUGUUUUAUUUGCUGUGCGUUGUUUAAAAAACUCGGGUGUGAAUCGUUGGUAUACAUAAAAUGGGUCGUAAACGGUUGAAUGUUGCCAAAAAACGCGUGCUUAAGCAGGCCGCGAACAAAAAUCUUAGUUUUGUUGUGCAGUCACUUCCAGAAUUGAAGCAAGAACUGUUGGAAAACCCAGCACAACGAAAAGGAAAGAAUGCAAAAAGUGAGAAACCAAUUGACCUGCAGUGGGAGCCAUCAAGCUCAGAAAUGAUAAUGGUUCCAGAAUACAAUUUUGAGAGUAACGUCGGUGCAGAAGAGAUUGACAUGGUUGAACCGACGUCGUCGGCACCACCCCCGCAGGCCACACGCACAUACAGCCGCAAAAAAUCUAUUGAGCAACUGCUCCAGGAGUGGGAAACUGUCCCAUGUGCAUCAAACAACGGUAUUCCUGAAAACUCAAUUCAAAUCGUACACGUUGAGCAACUCUACGAUAAGGGAAAUGGAGCUUGUGGAUCGUCGCCAGAAGUUGUUAUUGUGAAUACUCAAUCAGAAUGCUCGUGUGGGAAGUUGGAUGAGGUUGAGAACUAUAAGAAAUUAUCGGAGUCCCUGCAGAAGGAGAAGGAUGCUUUGCUGUUGAGAAAUGCACAACUGGAAGCCCAGAACGCAAAGCUGCUGGAUUCUUUGACUUCGAAACUUCUGCCAACACCUGAGAAGCCAUUCAAGGAAGAGGAAGGAUUCCUAGAUUGUGAAACGCUACAGCGGUUGUCUCACGAAGCAGGCGACAAGGAUUAUUUGUUUGUGAAGUUUCUGAUGAUGCAGCUUUUCCCGGAUGGUUUUGUUGGACGUUCGGUGACAGGCCGUCGAUCGAACAAUCCAUCCGGUCGCCCAAAGAAGAAGGAUGCAGUUUGUCCAGUUGAAAAUACACAUGAUACAGGUGAUGGUGAAGCAACGGGUGACGAAACUGAAGGAGAAACUGCAAAAGUGCCGUUGGACCCAGUAAAAGUGCGAUGGAUAAAAAGUAUGAAUACAUGAUGCAUGUUUAGAUUGUUGUAACUAAUUUGAUUUAAAUCUUACAGGACGCCUUUACGAUCGUCGCAUUUUUCUUCGUGAUGACUCUGCUACUGCAAAUACAUGCUACAAAAAUGCA